AACAACAACCGCAGUUUUUGGAGAUGCUCUGACCCAGUCGUCCAGCCAGCUGAAAUCCUCACGCUGCCCAUUUUUCCUGCUUCUAACACAUCAACUUUGAGAACAAAAUGUUCACUUGCUGCCUAAAUAUAUCCCACCCACUGACAGGUGCCGUGAUAUCGAGAUAAUCUGUGUUAUAGUGAUACGACGUAUCUUUUAUUACACUACCUGCCCACGUUUGCAUUCCUGUUUGAGCUCUGCGUCAACGCUACUUCGGAUUUCGACAGAUGGAUACAAUUUAACUCCUCUCUACCUCUCCAUCAGAUAGACCUAAUGUUUAGUUUCCCUAAACAUCUAAUCAUUUUUACCUAUUAAAAGACUACUAGACCUCCAAAUGACCGGAGAGGAGGAGGAGGAGUCUCGCAUAUAUCCGUUCCUGAUCCAUUUCAUGCGGGAACAGAUGUGAUGAGGACAGUACACGACACACCAUUGGCAGAAAUGUUCUCCAGCUAAAGGUGCAAAAUGAGGCGACUUGGUUUUAUUUAUAUUUGGCUUGCUGCGGAUUUUCAACUAGUCCUUGGUGUAGGAUUGGAGGACACACCGACUCUCGGAUCUAAAGAUAAUCCCAGAGUUCUGUGCAAAGAUGUAAUUUGUGGUGGAUUUGAAUACAAAGACCGUCAGAACCACAGUGUUUUCUUCUAUGAUGAGGACUCUGAGGAGCUGUAUGUUGGAGGGACUGAUUUUGUGUUCAAACUUGAUGUGGAUGACCAUCAUAUUAUAGAGAAAUUUCCUCUGAAAACAACAGGACAUCAACAGUGCCAAGAGGGCUCCUGUGAAAAUGUUAUUACUGUUAUUGAGAAGUUUCAAGACAGCCUGUUUGUCUGUGGGACUAAUGGAAACAAACCGCAGUGUUGGAAACUUUUUUCUUCAGUGAACAAUCAGUCGCAUGAGAUAAUGGAGAGUUAUGAGGGGACAGGCAUCUCUCCAUUCAUAUAUACACAGAACUCCAUAUCUCUCACAGCAGAGCGGGAUCUAUAUUCAGCAGCACCUUUGGAUACUGACGGAAGUUCAUUACAAUUCAGAAGGAAAGCUGGCAGCAGAACUAAUGUCUGGAUGUAUGACAAGUGGGUCUCAGAGCCCACAUUCAUCUCUGCAUCCUGGGUGAAGCGGAAGGAAGACGCUGAUAAUGAGAAAAUUUACAUCUUUUUCCGCGAAAAGAAUUCUGAUAACAACCCCGAGGCUGACCCCUGGAUAUCGAGGGUUGCCAGAGUUUGUAAGGUAGAUGAAGGCGGAUCGAAAAGAUUCUUCCAGAACAUGUGGACAUCUUUCCUUAAGGCCCGGCUUGUCUGUGGGUUUCCUGAGGAGUCGCUAUAUUUCACCCGUCUCCAGGACAUUUACGUGAUUCACGCCGAGGACUGGCAUGACACCCGAGUCUAUGCCCUUUUCACAAGUAGCUGGAACUCCACAGCAGUGUGCAUCUAUUCAAUAGAAAUGAUUGAAGAAAUAUUUGAGAACUCCACUUUCAAGGGCUAUGACAAAGACAUCCCCAAACCAAGGCCAGGAAUGUGUGUAAAAAACAGCAGGAGCCUGCCACUGGCCACUGUCAGUAUAGUGAAGGAUUACCCAGAAAUGACUGACUGGGUUCACUCCGUGCACUAUAAAGCUCCAUUUUAUAUAAGCAGCAACAACUACACCAAAAUAGCAGUGGAUCGAGUACAGGCAGCAGACCAGGGACUGUAUAACAUUCUGCUGCUAUCCACUGAUUCUGGGAAGAUCCAUAAAGUGUUAGAGGCUGGGUCAGAACCUUUCAUCAUCUCUGAAACACAACUAUCCAGCAAUUCAUCCAUACAAGCAAUUGAACUUGACUCCAGAAAGAAAAAGUUAGUGGUGGGUUUUGCAGAGAAAAUUGCUACAGUGGACCUCCAGAGGUGUCAGGACUACAACAGUUCCUGCGCAGAUUGUGUUUUAGCCCGGGACCCGUACUGUGCCUGGACGGAGUUUGGAUGCAACCCGACUGUCCACGGAGGCAUUCAGAAUAUCAUGGACGGGGAUAUAACUGUGUGCCCUACAUCAGUUAAAGAACAAAAGCAAGUAAAAAGGACCAAACGGAUGACACCAGUGGAUUCGCUUACAAUUCACUCAGUCCAUCUGGGUGUCCCUUUCUAUCUGUCCUGUCCUAUAGACUCCUACCACGCUGUCUACACCUGGAAGCAUAAUAAUCACCAGGAAAGCCCUUGUCAGCAAAUGCAGUCUAACUGCCUGCACCUCAUUCCUUCCAUGGCAAAGGAGAACUAUGGCACAUACCGGUGUGUUUCCACAGAGAAAGGCUACACCAAAGUGGUGAAAAUGUAUCAGCUUACAGAGCAAACAAUCCCAGCUACAAUAGGAGACAGAAGCAAUAUCCCUGACAACUUAAAUGAUUCAUCAGCUGCUGUUCCGCAAACACAGAUCAACGUUAGACUGGCUGUUGUGGUGAUGGGUUUUCUGGUUGUGCAUGACUUAAUAUUUGAAAUGUAGCAUCAAUAUUUUCAGACCCUUUGUCCUUGCUAUUGCUAAUCAGACCAGGAUGCAGACAGCACUAAAGGAAAUCCACCUAAACACCAGGGAAUCUUGCAUCUCAAUCGUUCAAGAAGGAGCACUUCCACUAUGAACCUAAAACCUAAUUUGUGCAAGUCACAUAGCUGUGUGUUGGCAGAAAUGUUAGGCUUUCAAGUCUACAGGAACAAGCUUCGGCCAAGUUUAUUUUUGAAAGGGAAGCCAGAGCAGGAAGAGAUUGGUGUGAUGAAGGAAGAAAGAAGCACAACCAGUAAGCAGUAUGUUUAAAAGAGCCUUAUGGUGUUUGUUUGAUCAGCUGAUUAUGAGUUAAUGAUAUCAGCAUCCUGCAUGAAUUACGUAAAUAAUUAAUUGGGUGUUUAUAUCUUCUCAUUGUUAAGACUAGGAAAACAAAGCUGAAGAUGUAAAAAGCAAUCUGAAGAAGAUGGUUUUACUGUAAGGGCAGUCUGAGGAAUGACUAUAGCACCAUUAAAAUGUUGUGAUCUUGAGUGAGAAAACUGGUCAGAGAGCCACAGACAGUACAGUACAAGUAAGUAAACUCAUAGCUCUUUAGUCCAUUAGAAGUCAGCAAUGUAUGUGUUCCUGUGCCCCACCCCAGACAGGAUCAGAGUGUAGGGGAGGGUGGAGGCAGCCAGGGACCCCUGAGGUCCCAUGUUUUGUUAACUUCUCCCACAGAGUCAACAGUCAGAGGUGCACUGUGCAAUAAAAUAAAAUGUUUGAUCAAUAUUAGCUGCAGUUUGACCAAUGGAUAUCAGUACUAUAUUAAACUUAAUUUAGAACAGAUUUUAGAUGGUUAUUGAAAAUGAUCUGUCAUUGAUGUUUGAAACACUUCUAGUUAUUUAUAUUCAAAUAUCUUUUAACAGUAGCCAUUGACACAAGUGACAAAUGCCGACAUAAUACUAAACAGAAGCAGAAGUAGAGAUGAGUCAUUGAACUGUAAUGCAGUAAUGCCCAGCUCUGGCUAAAUCUGGCUUCCACACACUGAGCAUGCUUAGCUACAGUUUAAAACAACCAAAAGAUCAUAUCUCACAAAUUAAGGCUGCAAAUUAUGUGUAGCUAUUGAAAUAGCAAAUGAUAAGAGAGAGAGAGAGUGUGUGUUUUAUUGCUGAUGAAUUCAACUUUUCAUUUGUACAAUUACUCUUUGAAAUGUAAAAACUACUAAGCUAUAUUUAUUAUUUAACAAAUAUUUUGGUACAACCUUAACUGUUAUUGUAGUGCUAAAUAUUUUUGUACAUGGAACCAAUAUGUGUCGAAAAGUGUAUAUUUUUGCAUAAUGAAAAUUCACCCGAAGAAUGUAAAAGGCUACUAUUGAUUUCUUAAUUAUAUAAAUAAAAAACAGAAUGGAGCUGAAAA